CUCUCCCUCUCUCUCUAUAAAAUUUAUUAAUUAAUUUAUUUUGUUAAAUUGUGGGGGAAAGUUUAUAUAGAAUUGUUGAGAUACUCGUCGUCCGAAGGGGGCAACUCGGUCCUCUGCAAAAACCAACAGCCACUGUUCUUCGGUGCCUCCUCUCGGCCACCGCCGCCACCGCCGCCGUCACGUUAUAUCUAUUUCCUAUUACGUCUCUGUUUCUUGAAUAGUCAUGACGGCCAAGAAGCGGCGGAAUGAAGCCGAUACAACUCUCGCCGGUCUUCACCAGCUUCUCCGUGACGUUUUCUUCCGUCGCCGGCGUUUCUACUACCAUAUAUUUCCGCUUGUGUCUGCGCUUGCUGGUUGUGUUUUCGUCUGCUUUGUUGCUCUGUUUCUCCUCCUUUCUUCCCCUGUUAUUCAUCGUGAUCAGCUUCACUUAACUCUCUUUCAUGGCGGAACCUCGAGAGACCAAGGCAUUGAGGAUGUAACAAAUUCUGGUUUGGAAUUGAAAUCAUCCUUCGAUGUUUCGGAAAGUGAAAAGAGAUUUGUACGUGAUGUGUGGGUUACAGAUCAAUCCAGUUUCUUCUAUGGUUGUAGCAAUGCCAGCAAGAAGUUCACACCCGCAGCUGAGAAAACCGAUCCCGAUAGGUACUUGUUGAUUACUACAAGUGGAGGCCUUAAUCAACAAAGAACUGGGAUAACAGAUGCUGUUGUUGCAGCUUAUAUUUUGAAUGCCACUUUAGUUGUUCCCAAGUUGGAUCAAAAUUCAUUUUGGAAGGAUAGCAGCAAUUUUGCAGAAAUUUUUAAUGUGGACUGGUUUAUUAAAUAUCUCUCAAAAGAUGUUCAAAUUGUAAAAAAAUUACCAAUCAAAGUUGGGAAACCUUUGACUCCACAUAGCAUGCGUGUUCCGAGGAAAUGUAAUCCAGAAUGCUACGAAACACAUGUUCUUCCUGUUCUUAAAAAGAAGCAUGCUGUUCGGCUUGGAAAAUUUGAUUAUAGGCUUUCAAAUAAGUUGACAACCGACUUACAGAAAUUGAGAUGCAGAGUUAACUAUCAUGCUUUAAAGUUUACUGAUGAGAUUAAUGAAAUGGGGAAAAUAUUGGUUGAGAGAAUGAGAAAGAAAAGCAAACAUUUUAUUGCCCUACAUCUGAGGUUUGAGCCUGACAUGCUUGCAUUUUCUGGAUGUUAUUAUGGUGGAGGAGAAGUUGAAAGGCAAGAACUUGGAGAGAUUCGAAAAAGAUGGAAAAGUUUGCACGCUAGCAAUCCAGAUAAGGAACGAAGGCAAGGAAGAUGCCCUCUCACUCCGAAAGAAGUCGCCCUCAUGCUUCGAGGGCUGGGAUUUGAAAGCGACGUACACCUUUAUGUGGCAUCUGGUGAAGUGUAUGGAGGAGAGAAAACUCUAGCUCCACUCAAAGCAAUGUUUCCAAAUUUCCAUACUAAGGAGACUCUAGCCAGCCGGGAAGAGUUGGCACCAUUUUCUUCAUUUUCUUCUCGUAUGGCUGCUCUAGACUUCAUUGUUUGCGACGAAAGCAAUGUUUUUGUCACAAACAACAAUGGCAACAUGGCAAAGAUUUUAGCAGGUCGAAGGAGAUACUUUGGUCACAAACCAACGAUCCGUCCAAACACUAAAAAGCUGUACCGACUCUUCACAGACCGACACAACAUGACAUGGCAACAAUUUUCAUCCAAGGUCCAAGCUUAUCAAGUAGGAUUCAUGGGAGAGCCAAAUGAGGUGAAGCCGGGAAGAGGUGAGUUCCAUGAAAACCCAUCAGCCUGCAUUUGCGAGGAUUCUAACUCAAAUGAAAGCGGAAAUCCAUCUGUUGUGAACAAAAUUCAUGACAAUCAUAGAGAUAAUGUUAAGGAAAGCAACAACAAUUUGAUAAAUGAACAAGCAAGAACAGAGGAAGAACAAGAUUGGACAGGGUUGGAAUUCUUAGAAAUUGUAGGUGAUUUGGGAGAGAAAAGAUUGGGUUCUAUCACUGACUCUGAUGUUGGUGUUCAAGCCAAGACUGAAGGAACAGAAUUAGAAGAGUUAUUUUCAGACUAAACAGAGGCUUUUGACCAAUUUUUUUAGGGUAAUGUUUUUUGUUACCCAACCAAAUGCAUAAACAUUUUUCGUAGUAGUAAGGAAUAGGAAUAGGAAAUCUGGAUUGUGUACAUAACAGUGGUGGUAAAGGAUAAAAUUUGGCGUAUAGGUUUUGAAAUUUGUACAUUAAAGUAAGAUUUAGAUAGGGAUUAUAAGGCACGAGCUUCGUCUUUCCUUUUCUGUUAUUAGUAAGCAGCCAAUUAUUGAAUAAAUUGUCCACAAAUGGACGGUGGUUUGAGUUU